AUGAGUUCUCAAGAGCCACCCAAGAGGCGUGAGUCACGCUCAGGCACUAGAAAGGUAUCAACACUAUCCACGGAGCAACUCGAACGAAAGCGUGCCAACGACCGAGAAGCCCAACGGUCUAUUCGCCAACGCACGAAAGAACAUAUAGAACAACUUGAGGCUCAAGUGACUACCUUCCAGUCACAGAUCGAGGAAAUGCGGCUCCGAACCGAGCGAUUCGAUGAAGUGAUGCGACGAAACGCCAUCUUGGAAGAUGAAAUGAAUCGUCUGAAGCAACAAAUAGCUUCUCUCUCGGGGCGACCGGAAUAUGUAGCAGAUAAUGAGCAGAUGGGUCUUUUUCGAAGUGGAUGGUCCAUCGAAGGCUCCCAGAACAGCGCUUCUUCCGAUAUCCCCACAACGGGCACUUUGCUCUCCCCAAAUUAUACCCCAUCCUCGAAUCCCCGAACUCCCUCUGCUCUUUCGGCAUCGAGUCGAGCCUCUCAUCAACAUGAAUGGCAGCAAUACCCUUCCACAAGGUCGCCGUCUCUGGGCGCAUCUUCCAACCCAGAGUACCCCAGUCGCAUGGAUUCAUAUGUGAUAGACGGCCAGCUCCAUCAAGGACAACGCAUCUGUCCACCCUCGAUGCCAGUUUCAGGUCCCCAUAUCAGCUUUGGAGGUGCUCCAGAAUCGACACAGCAGCAGUUUGAUUCUUCCUUCUCCCAAUUUCCCUACGGCAGUCGGUCGCUGUCUAUGCCGAACGCAAGCUCGACGUCUCAGCAGACUCCCUCGGAAGUCUACCAACCCAUAGUCUCGGCGUAUCCUCAGCAAAUGCCACAACAACCGCCACAACAGGAAGAGGCAUAUGAAUAUAAAUGGACGUCUCAGCCUUGA